AUGGAUGCAGCCCACUGGCCCCAGGGGCUAGGGCUGGUGAAGCCAAUGGAGGAGAUGCUGAUGGGAGCACCAAGCUCGAACCAGCAGGUGCAAGGCUCAAAUCCGAAUCCACCGGCGCAGGCCCCGUCGUCGGCGCCUGGGGCUGGAGGCCCCAUGAGGGGCGGGACGCCGGCCAUGGCAGUGGCAGCCUCCGGGGUUGGAGCGGGUAGCACGGAGCGGCGGCCGCGGCCGCAGAAGGAGAAGGCGAUCAACUGUCCCCGGUGCAACUCCACCAACACCAAGUUCUGCUACUACAACAACUACAGCCUCCAGCAGCCGCGCUACUUCUGCAAGACGUGCCGCCGGUACUGGACGGAAGGCGGGUCGCUGCGCAACGUCCCCGUCGGCGGCGGCUCCCGCAAGAACAAGCGCUCUUCGUCGUCGUCCGCGUCAGCGAGCGCCUCAGCGGCUGCCUCGGCGACUGCGUCCGUCGCGAACUCGUCCAUGCUCGGGGCGGCGCCGAACAAGAACCCGAAGCUGGCGCACGAGGGCGCAGCGCACGACCUGAACCUCGCGUUCCCGCACCACCAAGGCGGGAUGCAGGCGCAGGCGGACUACAUGGCGUUCCCGAGCCUGGAGAGCAGCAGCAUGUGCAACCCGGGCGGCGGCGGAAUGGCGGCCAAUGGCGCCCGUGCCGGUGGCGCGCUCUCCGCGAUGGAGCUGCUCCGGAGCACCGGCUGCUAUAUGCCGCUGCAGAUGCCGAUGCAGAUGCCCGGGGAGUACGGCGCCGCGGGGUUCUCGCUCGGGGAGUUCCGCGCGCCGGCGCCACCGCAGUCGCAGAGCUUGCUAGGCUUCUCGCUGGACGCGCACGGUUCGGUGGGCGGGGCUUCCAUGGCGGGGUACGGCUCCGGUGCCGGGAUGCAAGGGAUGCAGGACAGGUCGGGCAGGUUGCUGUUCGCGUUCGAGGACUUGAAGCCGACGGCAAACUCUGGCGCCGGUGGCGGUGAGAGCGGUGGUGGUUCUGGCGCAGGCGUGGAUGGCGGCGACCAUCAGUUCGAGCAAGGCAACAAGGAGCAACAAGGCAACGGCACCCCCGUUGGGCAGCCCGACACGCCGGGGUUCUGGAACGGCAUGAUCGGCGGCGGCGGCACCUGGUAA